AUGCAUUUGCCUACCCUUGUGGCUUAUGGGAGUCUGCCUUACCAAGGUGUUGUAGGCGCGACCUGUCACAUGGCAACGGAUCGCCGGAAAAUCAGUUUUCCUGCGGACUCUGUCCUGACGUCCGUCGUCCAGGAUGGGGAUGCUGUAGAACUGAUCAAACUUCUCGGUCCUCCAGGAACGGUGGAUGUCAACCAGAGAAACCACGUGGGAUUGACGGCUCUUCACCACGGUGUACUGCACAACAACCUGGACGCCGUCAAAGUCCUUCUGUGCCAAGGUGCUGAUACGAACGCCCAGGACGUGUAUGGCUUCACACCCUUGCAUACGGCUGCAGCCUGUGGCUUCCUACACAUCGCCAGCCUUCUUAUACUGUUUGGGGCUGACGUCCUACUACAGACGAAAGAGGAGGAAAUGCCUGUGGAUGUUGCCAAGGACAUCGAAAUUGUGCGCUUGUUAACUGAGGUGAUGUAUCCCAGACUUCAUAAGGAGGUGUACUACAGUUCUCUUGCCAAGACUACACUAAUAGAAGUGACCCGAAUAAUGAAAUGCUUUACAGAAUACGUGAUACGGACGUGUGCUGAACUAGUUCAGAGCGUUCGAAAACAAAACCACAAACCUGUUGACAAUGGGGAAUCCCCGUGUAAGGAAUCGUCUGAAAACCACUCACAUCAGGACUGA